AUGGCUGUUUCCGACAGGCAUCUCUACUCUUCCUUAUCAGAUGGCCUAAGUGAGCUAAGCAUCCUUUGUGACAUGGAGUUCAGCUCUGAUUACUUUGCAUUUUUUGAACAACCCCUGCGGACCUUGCUAUGCAUUGGGCCACCUGCCAUUUUGGCCUACAAGCGAGAAUCUUCAGAAGAUGAAAGAUUGCAUGCAAUGAUGCAGACUUUAAGGGAACAAUCUGAGAAUGAAGAAUGUGAGUUCUGUGGAAAACCAUUGAAGCCGCUUCCUAUGCCUGACAUGGGAGUCAGUGGCGCAGACAAGUCUUCCUCAGCUGAGCAAUUUUGCUGCACACAGUAUAAGAAUGUGUGCGAAUUUCUCUUCAAAGAACAAAAACACAUAUUUAACAAAGAUGAAAUUGAGACAAUCUCUAUUACUCCUCAUGCUCCUUUUGGAUCUGAAGUUGAGAGAAAAAAAGCAAAGGAAAAAACUGCACAAAGGCUUCGUGAGAGGCAAAUGGCCAAAAUGUUUGCAUCUGUGGAAAAGGAGCCUACUACUUCAUAUACUGAAUAUGGGAAACCAAUGAAAACCCUUUCUUACCAGCUUUCCAAUGCUCCUCCAGUUGGGGACAACUGGACUAUUGUCCCUGAUUCUGCAGCCCCUGAUUCUGUUACAAAUGGAUAUUUUGGCCCUAAAUCUGCAGAAUGGACAUCAGAUGUAAACACGAUGGACCCCGAGUUGACUUGCUAUGACUUCACAAUACAUGAAGAAAAGAUGAUGCCAGCACAAUUUACAGAAAAGUACUACAAAAAUGGAAAAACAUUUCUCAUGGUGUUUCCAGAUGGAACUACUCAAAUAUUCUAUCCAUCUGGUAACCUUGCAAUUAAUGUUAUUGCAAGUAAAGGAAAAGAAACUAUCUGCAUAGUUCAAGAGGAUAAAGAACACAAUGCAGACAUCCUGGCAGUGCUCAGUUCCUAUGGAAAAGCCACUUGUUAUCAUCCAAAUGGAGUUGUAUGGAUAAAUAUAAACCCAGUGGGCGGACAGUACUUGGACCUCACAGGCAGAAGAAUAAAAAGAUGGAAAUGGAAAAAUGAUGCAUUUUCAAAUAACUCUGUUCUUUUCAAACCAAUCUUCAUAUCCUUGAACAACCAAGUUGGUGUCAGGAUUCUGUCAAAAGAGAAAAUAUUAGUCACUUUCUUGGCAAUGGGCAAGCAAGCUAAAUUUAAUAUUGGAAGUAAAAGUCAAACAAAACAGCUAGAGGUUAUCAGUAUAAAUCCAAUGUGGAUGCAGCUUAGCUCAGACUCAGACUUCUCAGAGUAA